GAAAUCACUGAGAAAUCAACAUGUGUCUCUGAGUGUAUAAGAGCAGCAAUCCAUGAAAGAGACCUACAGUAGAGAUCAUUCCCAGAGAACAUGAGACUCUAUCUAGCUGUCUUUGUGCUCCUGGCCGCAGUUCACUGCGAGGAGCUCUUUAAUGGAGACCAAGUUCUCAGAAUCCAGGCAGAAUCUGAAGACCACAUUCAGGUUUUGAAGGAACUGGAAAAGAACCUGGAUUGGGGGCUGGAUUUCUGGACCCAUGGCUUCUCUACUGAACGGCCUGUUGACAUCCGUGUGCCUCACACCAGUCUGUUUGCCUUCAAAGACUUCCUUAGGGGAAACAACAUCACUUUCACUGUCAUGAUCAACAAUGUGCAGGAACUUUUGGACAGGGAGAGAGCAGAGAUGGUUAUGAAUGCAGAGAUGAAAUACAAGACCAAGGACUUCAACUUUGCUGCUUAUCACAACCUAGAGACUAUUUACAGUUUUAUGGACAGCCUUGUUGCGAGUCAUCCUAACCUGAUCUCUAAAGUGAAGAUCGGCAGCACUUAUGAGAACCGUCCUAUGUAUGCCUUGAAGUUCAGCACUGGUGGAGAGAAAAGGCCUGCAGUCUGGAUUGAUGCUGGAAUCCAUGCCAGGGAGUGGGUUUCUCAUGCCUCAGCAGUGUGGAUUGCUGACAGGAUUGCCAUAGACUUCAAGGAAAACCGUGCCCCUGUGCCCAGUAUCCUUAGUAAAAUGGAUAUUUUCCUGAUGAUUGUGGCCAAUCCUGAUGGAUAUGUUUUCUCCCACCUCACUGAACGUCCAAUUCACCGUUUGUGGCGUAAGAGCCGGUCUGUGACCUCUAACCCCAAGUGCCUUGGUGUUGACCUCAACAGAAACUGGGAUGCUGAAUUUAGUGGUCCUGGAGCAAGCGAUGACCCCUGCGGCGAAGACUAUCGUGGUCCUUCUGCUCAAUCCGAGAUUGAAGUGAAAAACAUUGCGGACUUCAUCACGAGCCACGGCAACUUCAAAUCCUUCAUGACCAUCCAUGCUUACUCUCAGCUCUUAAUGUAUCCCUAUGGCUUCAAUGGCACAAACGCCCCUGACCAGCCUGAACUGCAUGAAGUGGCCACACAGGCAAGCAAAGCCCUCAAUUCUUGGCAUGGCACCAUUUAUAAAGUUGGGAGUAUCUUCCACACUAUUGAACAAGCUAGUGGUGCAAGUGUUGACUGGGCUUACCAACGUGGCAUCAAAUAUUCCUUUGCUUUUGAGUUGCGUGACACAGGCAAAUACGGAUUCCUCCUGCCUGCUGACCAGAUCGUUUCCACUGCAAGGGAGACGUGGCUUGCUCUCAAAUACAUUAUGCAAUAUGUUUGUGAACACCCUUAUUGAGAGAAAUGUAAGCUUCAAUAAAGGUCCCAGCGGAU